ACAGGAUUCUGGUCGCAGGAACGGUCAUGGUACAGCAGCAGAUGAUAAUGGUUGGGUGGCCAACAAUUCUUGGAUGCAAUGUGUCUUCUUGUCAUUUAGAUGGGACGAUUGCCUUUGCUGUCUACCCAGCGCAGUCUGAAGCUGUCAUAGGAUGGAGUUGCAACUUCUAACGAUGCUCAAGAUUGUAACACUGCUUUUGAUGUUUGGCGUAUCUUGGAUGCUGAGGUUGGUGCUGAUAAGGCUGUGGCACCGAGGUGAUGUAAAGUCGGUGAAUCUUUAUGGUGAUGAAAUAGGCGCUUUAGGGCACCGCAUGUCACACCACAUAUGUACUUGCUGCAGUAGACACUCUCAAACGCCAGCGGUGAGAAGGAAAGAGCACCCUCUACCUAUGCAGUUACCUUUGGCCAAUUGUGGAUGUCCCAAGAAACUCCUGAUCCCCGGGUUCCGCUUUCCCAGUUCUCCGCUUGCGGCAGCCUCAUCCCCCCUGAUUCUCCUCUCGCCCGAAACCUUCGCCCAACGCACCAAACUAUGCCAGUCGGCGGUGGGGACAGCAUUGAACUUCGGAUCAGGACGGCUACUGUCGAUGGCAUUGAAUGGCCUGUCUCAACGCUUCUCCCUUCGCGAACGCGGAACAUCUCCGCAUUCCGACAUUGUAGACCUCGAUUUCUCCGUGGCAGGUGAACCAUCAGGAGAAUGAUCUUCUUGACUUGCACUGCCAGGUACCCGAUGGUCAGACAUCCUACUGUAGUAUGUCCUGCUGUUAGCUCGGCGGAGCAGAUAUGAUGAACG